UCCCUCCCCCCCUCCCUGCUUGCAGAGCGCAUCAGGCAGCGCUACGGGGAGCUGGUUGGGGAGCUGCUGUGUGUGGAGCUGGAGAAGGAGAAGCAGGGUCUGGGCCUGAGCCUGGCCGGGAACAGGGACCGGUCGCGCCUCAGCAUCUUCGUGGUGGGCCUGAACCCCGGGGGGGCCGCCGCCAAGGACGGGCGCAUCCGCGUGGGGGACGAGCUGCUGGAGAUCAACAACCAGGUGCUGUACGGACGCAGCCACCAGAACGCCUCCGCCAUCAUCAAGAGUGCCUCCUCCAAGGUUAAGAUCAUCCUCAUCAGGAAUGAAGAUGCUAUCAACCAGAUGGCUGUGCCUCCCUUUCCCAACCCACCUGCUGCCCUCCCAGUCGCUGAGGUCCCCCCCCCCACCUCGGUGGUUCAGCCCCCCUCAGAGAAGCCCCAGGCCCCAGACACCCCGGCCCUCACCCCUGAGAUGGCCCCCGCCAAGGUGUGUGUAGCGUCCACCACAGAGCUCGUCUCCAGAGACAGCGGCCCCAAGAGCCUUCGAGAGGGGGAGACGGUGUCCAAGGUUCCAGAGAUCAGUGAGAGUGUUCCUCACACAGGCCCUGGCCCACAGGAGAAGACUUCCAGCUUGCCCAGGGUCUCUGGAAGCUCCAGCAAGCUGCCAGCGAGGCCUGCUGAUGGGCCGCUGUCUCCCCAGGCCCCCUCCCCCCUGCCCCUCACCAGCCCUGACCUCCCCUCCAGCACCAGAGACCCGGCUACGUGCCCCAUCGUGGCAGGCCAGGAGACGGUGAUAGAGAUAGCUAAGGGCCGCUCCGGCCUGGGCCUCAGUAUCGUAGGGGGCAAAGACACCCAGCUGGAUGCCAUAGUGAUCCAUGAGGUGUAUGAGGAGGGUGCAGCAGCUCGAGAUGGCAGACUCUGGGCUGGAGACCAGAUCCUGGAGGUGAACGGGGUGGACUUGCGCGGCGCCGCCCACGAGGACGCCAUCGCCGCCCUGAGGCAGACCCCGGCCCUGGUGCAGCUGGCCGUUCUGAGGGACGAGGCGCAGUACCGCGACGAGGAGAACCUGGACGUGUUCCGCGUGGAGCUGCAGAAGAAGAGCGGACGAGGCCUGGGCCUCAGCAUCGUGGGGAAGAGGAACGGUACGGGUGUGUUCAUCUCGGACGUGGUGAAGGGGGGCGCGGCCGAGCUGGACGGACGUCUGAUGCAGGGGGACCAGAUCUUGUCGGUCGACGGGGACGACAUGAAACAGGCCUCGCAGGAGACGGUGGCCGCCAUCCUCAAGUGCGCCAGGGGAACGGUGGGCCUAGAGCUGGGCCGACUGAAGGCCGCAUCCUGGAUCUCCUCCAGACGCACCUCCCAGGGAAGCCAGAUGAGCCACAUCAGCUGCUCCAGCCUCCCUCCACACACCACCCACCCUGCGCCAAGCUCCACCUACAACCCUGCGCCAAGCUCCACCUACAACCCUGCGCCAAGCUCCGCCUACAACCCUGCCCCCAGCUCCGCCCCCAACCCUGCGCCCAGCUCCGCCCCCAACAACGCCCCCAUCUCUGCCCCCAGUCCCGCCCCCCAGCCACUCAACAACGCCCGGAGGCCCACCACCGAGAGCAUGACGUCAUCAAAGAGCGCCGGGUCAGAUACAGGGAUGCGUACUGUGGAGAUCACACGGGGUCCCAGUGAUGCUCUGGGUAUCAGUAUAGCAGGAGGGAAGGGGAGCCCUCUGGGGGACAUCCCUAUCUUCGUGGCCAUGAUCCAAGCCAACGGAGUCGCAGCCAAAACACACAGGCUCAAGGUGGGGGACAGGAUGGUCAGUAUCAAUGCCCAGUCCCUGGACGGGAUGUCCCAUGGGGAGGUGGUCACCAUCCUGAAGAACGCCUACGGCAUCAUCACCAUGCAGGUGAUAGCUGACACCAACAUCAGUGCCAUAGCCAGUCAGGUGGAGAGCCUGUCCACCAGCUCCAGUCUCCCUACCAGCCCAGAGUCCCUGCCCCCGGAGCCAGAGCCCCCCCGGGCCAGGAGCAUCUGUCUGGAGAAGGGCAGCGAGGGGCUGGGCUUCAGCAUCGUGGGGGGGUUCGGGAGCCCCCACGGAGACCUGCCCAUCUACGUCAAGACCGUCUUCAGCAAGGGGGCGGCAGCCUUGGACGGCCGGCUGAAGCGAGGCGACCAGAUCCUGUCGGUGAACGGGGAGAGUCUGGAGGGGGCCACCCAUGAGCUGGCUGUGGCCCUGCUGAAGAGGCAGAGAGGGGCCGUCACGCUGAACAUACUGUCCUAGCUCUCUCUCUCACACACACACACACACACCUGGACACUCACACACACCUCCAAACAAAGUGACUCUCACGCACCCUCACCUAGACACAAGUUCACACCUACACUCGCACAAACACUCUUACACUUACACACACUCUUGCCUACACAGCCACGUACUCACAUGCGCACUCUCACAAACGCGCACCGACUCACACUUAAAAAUACCGACUCUCACACUGUCAACACACUAACUCACUCACAUAGACACACUCACACACACACACAUCAGUUGGCAAAGGACAACCGAUGGACGUUUGAACUUAGCAACAUGCAAAAAAUGAUCAUAAUCAUAAAAAGUAAGAACCAAGUCAGAAGGAGGUGGCUCCUGUCCUCCUCCCUGGACCUGUUGGGCACCUCAUGUCCAUCUUCACCCCCUUUAGAAGAAAGAGAGAGAGAACUCCAUGCAUUAAGGACUGCCUACAGCCUUGCCCCCAGCCCACAGCCCUGCCCCCAGCCCAGCCCCCAGCCUUGCCCCCAGCCCAGCCCCCAGCCUUGC